AUGAUGCCGGGACUGGUCGAAACACAUGGUGUUCCACCUCCGCCGGUGCUGGGAUACUCAGUUAGCCAUCAGAAAGUUGAGCUUGAUAUCGAUUUCGCCAGCCGGAGCUUGAAGGGGAAAACCGAGAUUACCAUCCAUCCGGACCACAAGGACCUGAGGCUCAUCCGUUUGAAUUUCCGUCAGGGCCAGCUGAAGCGCAUAACCGUGGGUGGGAGGGCAGCUACGACCAAAUAUGUCGACCCAUACGACGCGCUACAACUGUAUGGCACUCAGUACCACCGAAAGCUUUCCUCGAAGGUGGACGCCCUUUUGAAAACGCCCCCGGAACCGGAGUUGGUAGUGACGAUACCGAAAGCUGUUCGCAUAGAGGAACUCGAUCCGUUCUCGGUCGAGGCGCAAACUCAGCUGUCAUUACGGGCUACUUCGGGAGGCGUCAGCGGGGCCGGCGGUGCGGAGGAUGUGGCAGAUAGCGGGCGUGUUACUGAGGCCUCUCUUCCCAGGUUUACCGCGAUAACGAUAUACAUGGAAUUUACGAUCGAGAAACCAAGAGAUGGGUUCCAGUUUGUGGGCGUGGAGAGCCGUGACUUGCGGUAUCCACAUGCGUUUACCGCUAAUUCUUCAGAUACUGGGGAAUCAUGUUGCUUGUUCCCCUGCGUGGAUGACAUGUCUUCUCGAAAUACCUGGGAUGUCUCGAUAAGGUGCCCUAGAACGCUGGGAGAUGUACUUUCCAAAUCAUCCGAGGCCCCGAUUGUGAACGGUACCUCAAAGCGAACAGAUAGCUCGAGGAACACGGGGCUUUCGGCAGAAGAUGCGGCGUUGGAUAUGGUUGUUGCCUGUUCGGGGGACAUGACGGAUGACAUCGUUGACCCUAAGGACCAAACUAGGAAGACCGUGUCAUUCUCCUGCAGUUCACCACUAUCGGCUCAGCAGAUUGGAUUUGCAAUUGGACCGUUCGAAUACGUUAACCUAUCCCAGUUUCGCGAAAGUGAUGAGGAUGAUCAACUUGGCGCAAAUGCUGUUCCCAUCCAUGCUUUCUGUCUUCCUGGAAGGGCGGAAGAAGUGAGGAAUACAUGUCUACCGAUGGCAAAAGCUGUCGACUUUAUCUCACUAACUUACGGCUCCUAUCCGUUUGCCAGCUACAAGCUAUGUUUCGUUGAUGACCUUCGCACAGAUACCCUACCCGCGGCGGGGCUAUCAAUAUGCAGUGACCGCAUACUCUUCCCUGAAAAUAUUAUUGACAUGAUGUAUGAUUCAACGAGAUGCAUAGUCCAUGCGUUAGCAUGCCAGUGGGUCGGUAUCAGUAUCAUCCCAAAAGAACCAACGGAUACUUGGGUGAUUGUCGGUAUAGCUUACUACAUCACUGACACGUUUAUGAAAAAAAUUGGCGGAAACAACGAAUAUAGAUUUCGACAGAAAAUGAUGGCAGACAAAGUUUGCGACUUGGAUGUUUUGCGACCGUCUCUCUGGGAUAUGGGAGCCAUUCUCAAGAUUGACCCCUCUGAGAUGGAAUUUAUCUCAUUAAAGGCGCCGCUUGUCCUCUACAUCCUUGAACGCCGACUUUCCAAGGCAAGCGGUAAGGCCACCGUCUCCCGAAUUAUAUCUCGAAUCUUUCUAAAUGCACGAAUGGGUGAUAUCCCGAACGGCGAACUUACAUCGGCGCAUUUUCAAAAACUGUGUGAACGCCUAGGCCACACCAAGCUGGACUCCUUCUUCAACCAAUGGGUUUAUGGAGCUGGUUGUCCGCGGUUUACGGCUAGCCAAAGAUUCAACAAGAAGAAACUCGUGGUUGAGAUGAUGAUAUCUCAAGUUCAAACAGAACAGCCAACCGCUCGAGACCUCGAGCGAUCUACCUUUAUGAGGGACGUUAAAGAGGAGAUCCGCAAUGUAUAUGCGGGUGCUGUGCAGCAUGUGUUCACAGGGUCAAUGACCAUUCAAAUUCACGAGGCAGAUGGGACACCUUAUGAGCAUAUUGUUGAGAUCAAAGAGCCGGUCACGAAGUUUGAUAUCCCCUAUAAUACAAAAUAUAAGCGCCUCAAACGAAAUAAACGCCAGAAAGAACGGGCUGCGGCAAUGUCGGGUAUGGAUCCUAAUAUUGAAGCUCAAGAUGACGUGUUGCUUUAUUGCCUGGGAGACGUGCUACAGUCAGAUGAAGAUAUGGAGAAAUGGAAACUCGUUGAGUGGACUAAAGAAGACGAGAGUCGAAUGGGCCAGGAAUCCUACGAAUGGAUUAGAAUGGAUGCCGACUUUGAAUGGAUAUGUAAAAUGUCCCUCGGUAUGCCUGGAUAUAUGUACCUGUCCCAGCUGCAACAGGAUCGUGACGUGGUUGCACAACUCGAGUCAAUACAACAUAUGGCUGCACAGCGAGAGCAUGCUCUUAUAUCGACCAUUUUUGUUCGCACAAUUUUAGACCGGCGAUAUUUUCAUGGAAUCCGAACGGCUGCCACCAAGGCCCUUGUCAAACAUGCUAAGCAAGAGGUCGAUUGGAUUGGCUUGUUUCAUCUAGAAAACGCAUUCCAGGAGCUAUACUGUCUGCCAAAUUCGUCUAUGGCUCGUUCAAACGAUUUCUCAGACCGAGCAUCAUAUGCUGUGCAACUUGCGCUUAUUGAGGCUAUUGCAGAAGUGAGGGAUGAUAAUGGUACAACGCCAGUGAGAGUGAAGCAAUUUCUAUAUGAGAAACUGAAAUUCAACGACAACUCCAAUAACGAGUUCUCUGAUUGUUUCUACAUUUCCACUCUCCUCAAAUCCAUUUGCAACGCUUUACUUGGGAGACGAGAAACUAGUUCCAACGAUGUGGACUUCGAUAUCAACAGAGAGAUCGAACGUCAAGCAGAGGACCAGCUAGAUAAAGACUGUAUUGCCGAGAUUGAUCGAUACCGACGAAUCGACGAGUGGGCGGGUUCGUUUAAAAAUAUCUUCUCAAGAACGUCACUUGAAUGCCAAAAACGACUCAUGAAGGCAAAUGUACUAGACAUUGACCUCGUUCAGUUGGUUCAGUACACCCGUGCCGGAAUCUUGGAAGAAUUAAGGCUAAAGGCGUUCGAGAUGCUGUUGGAAUUUCGACUGUUCGAACAUCCAGAGCUGAUAACAUGGUUUAUAUACAAUAUGUCCGCAGAUCCUUCCCCUUGGAUCCGACGCAACCUUUAUCGCUUAUUCGGCGAGGCACUCGCGACGAUUGCAUUUGGCACCGAAGCCGAGCCUUCCGGCUCGUUGAUAAACGAUUCGCUCGUGAUCGAACAAGAAUCUUCGACGGAAGCCCGACAACUUCAGCUGGCGAGAAGACAAACGGUCCCAGGAGCAUUAGAUGCCUUGAAACAGGAACUUGGCGCGAAUAAAGCUUUAAAGGAGGCACUAUGGGCUGCAUGCAACUCGCCACGCACGAGUCUCGUCGAGCUUUGUGAUUUCGUUUACUUGGUCGGCGCUUUAUACCACCCCGUUGACCACGCGAUGGUCAAGUUAAAGUACCCUCGCUACUGGAAGACUCAGCAUUUAGGAAAUGGCAAAAUGAAAUUUUGGAAAACGAACCGUUUCCGCACACGUCCAAUUGGCAGUACAAGCACGUUGAAGCCUAGCGCUGCGCCGUCAUCUACUCAACCAGUGAAGAGGAAGCGCGAACAAGAUAUGAAUGGCGCGCCUCCACCUCUCAGCCAUAAAGUGACACUGAAAAUCCCUAAGCUGGGCUCGGUGUCCGCCGCAUCAUCGCAACCACCCCCAUCUUCAACUACCAAACCAAAGAUUAAAUUGAAACUUAAGACCAAGAGUUCAAGUUUUUCUCCCGCCCCAUAA